AUGCUGCAGUCUGUUUGUUUGGCAUCUUCACUUCCCAACCAUACCGUUCUCUCCCCAAAACUCAAACGCUCCUUUGAUGCCAAAAACAAUGUGCAAACACCCACUUCAGAAACCCCCUACACUAGCCUUGCCUACAAUUUCAACUCCCCAUUUGAGCUCAAACAAGUUGUUGCCUUUCUCAUUAAAACCAAUAAACCUCUCUCAUUACUCCCACUUUCUCGUGUUGCCUCCGUUUGUGCACUUACUCCCAACUUCUCAUUCGCUCAACAGAUUUUUUACUGUAUUGAGCAGCCAGAAGUUUCUGUGUGGAAUAGCUGCUUGAGAAAUCUUGCUGAAGGCAAUUCUGUUAUUGAUGCCAUUUUCUUGUUUCAUCAAAUGCGCAUUUACAAUGUUGUACCUGAUAUUUUCACUUGCUCUUUUGUUCUCAAGGCUUGUUUGAAAUUACUGGAUCUUUCAUGUGGGAAAAUUGUCCAUGCUUAUAUUGAGAAACUUGGGUCUCAGUCGAAUUUAGUAUUGCUAAACGCACUUCUUCACUUGUAUGCUAGUUGUGGAGCAAUGGCUGAUUCCAUGCUUCUGUUUGAUAAAAUGCCUCAACGAGAUGUUGUGUCUUGGAAUAUAAUGAUUACACAAUUAGCGAAGAAGGGUAAUAUUAAUGGGGCGUUUGAAUUGUUUUCCCGAAUGCCCGAGAGAAAUUUAAGGUCUUGGACUGCCAUGAUUACGGGUUUUGUUCAUUGCGGGAAGGCUAAAGAGGCUAUUAGACUUUUCACAGAAAUGGAAGAGACUGGCUUGAGGGCGAAUGAGGUGACUGUAGUGGCUGUUCUUGCAGCUUGUGCUGAUUUGGGUGCACUUCAAUUGGGCAGGAGGAUUCAUGAGUAUUCAAAUAAGAGCGGGUUUAAAAGAAAUAUUCACGUUUGUAACACUCUGAUUGACAUGUACAUUAAGUGUGGGUGCUUAGAGGCUGCAAAAGCUGUUUUUGAAGAAAUGAAGGAACGGACAAUUGUAUCGUGGUCUGCUAUGAUCCAGGGUUUAGCUAUGCAUGGACAGGCUGAUGAAGCCUUAGAACUCUUUAACAAGAUGAUCAAAACGGGAAUGAAGCCUAAUGAGGUCACAUUUCUUGGAAUCUUGCAUGCUUGUAGCCAUAUGGGGUUGGUCAAUGAGGGGCGAGAAUUUUUCGGUAGUAUGACUAGAGGCUAUAACAUUACUCCCCAAAUUGAGCAUUAUGGUUGCAUGGUUGAUCUCUUGAGUCGCGCAGGACUUCUUAAAGAGGCAUAUGAGUUCAUCGCAAGCAUGCCUAUAAAGCCAAAUGGUGUCAUAUGGGGUUCUUUUCUAGGUGGAUGUAGAAUUCAAAAGGAUGUGGACAUGGCCGAGGAAGCUAUGAGGCACCUAGGUAUAUUGGACCCUCUUAAUGACGGAUACUAUAUAAUUAUGUCAAAUAUUUAUGCAGAAGCUAAGCGCUGGGAAGAUGCAGCAAGGGUGAGGAAGUUGAUGAAAGAUCGAGGAGUAAAGAAAACUCCAGGUUGGAGUUCAAUAACUAUAGCAGGAGUAAUGCAUGAAUUUGUGGCCGGAGAUGACAACCAUCCUCAGGCAGAGGAGAUCUUUGAAAGAUGGGACAAACUGCUAGAACAGAUGAGGUUCAAAGGAUAUGUACCAAAUACUUCAGUGGUUCUACUAGACAUGGAAGAGAAUGAGAAAGAAAAAUAUUUGUAUCGCCAUAGUGAGAAAUUGGCCCUUGUUUUUGGUUUGAUGAACACCAAACCAGGAGAAACAAUAAGGAUAAUGAAGAAUCUUCGCGUUUGUGAAGACUGCCAUGCUGCUUUCAAAGUAAUAUCAGAAAUUGUCAAGCGAGAGAUAGUUGUGCGUGAUAGGAAUAGAUUUCAUUGUUUUAAAGGUGGUCUUUGUUCUUGUAAGGACUAUUGGUAG